ACGUAUGUACGUCUACAUAAAAGAAAUAUGUAAGUUCAUUUGUCGUAUAUUGUUAGAUCUACAAUAAUAUUCUAAGUGAUUAUACAAUUAUGCUAGAUUAUUUUAGCUUUGUAUAGAUCCUUCAGCAGUAGUUUUAAAGGAGCUGUAGACUAUUUGAGCAUAGACAUGACUGCUGAGGAUUCUCAUGCUGAUGACAGGGUGUGUCUAAUACUACAGGCAGCUCAAGACCUGGAGAGUCCUAAUCCUGAUGCUACUUGUGGUGGCUGUGGAAUGCACCAGACGCAUGAAAAACGUUUUCUGCCUACCACUGAAUCUGUUUAAAGCUUAGCCCUAACAGUGGCGUGUACAAUGGGGGGCUUUGGGGGCUUGAGCACCCCCCUGUCCUCCCAGACAACCAUGAAACUAAUCCUAUCACUCAGUAGCUAGCUAGCUAGCUAGCUAGCUAACUGUGCAGCUCUAUCUCAUUGACAACGAUUACAUGUUCAAGUCAUGACCACGCCCAAUUGAGCAUGCGCAAUCAGUAGUUAUGUAAUGCAUAAUAGCUGAUCAAGAUCCUCUGCACUCUCCCAGUCACCUCUUGCUCCACUGAGAGAUACUGAGAAGCAAUGACUAACACUAGAAUGACUGGACAUCCCCAUUGCAGUGAUUGACCAGUUUGCUAGGAUGUACCCCAGGAGAAUAGUGCAUGGAGAUUGAUCCUACAAGAUGACUGACUCAUAAUUAUGUCUUAUUAUCACGCUAUGCAUGUAUUAGAUCCCAUUUGAGUGUAUUUAGCAGGAAACUAUGAGCUAUAGUACCGGUACUAUAGAUUGCUCUGGGCUACAAACUACAACAUUGUAUUGUCAUUUACAAAAAUAUACACAUGUAAUAACAUAAAAAUUACUGUAGCUAGAUGCUUUGUCUAGUAUCAUAGUAACAGAACUAGAAUGGAAGAGAGAAGCUCUAGAAGAGAAUAGUAGGAGCCGCUCUUUUCUUGGGCAGUGUGCUGUACUUUUUUGCUGCAAGGCUGCAUGGGGGAGGAGCUGGAUGUAUGAAAGAUGCGCCGAAAUAAAUGCGGGGGCAUAAAAUCGCGCUCGCUAUGCGCACCCCAUUUUUUCUGUACUCUUGAGCACCCUCCUGCUUCAAUCUCUAGAAACGCCCCUGCCUAACACAAAAUUAAUGUUACAGAACACAACAUCUUGAUUCUUAUCAUGAUGGAGAAACAGCAAAGUUGUAUUUGGCAAGACCACAGAACUGGUUUGGACUUUCCAAAUGAUCGCUUGGGGAACAAAAAAUGGUUAGCUGGAUGGUGAGCUUGGUCUGGAAGACUUGGAAGGGAUUCUCUCUCGCCAUAGCAAUGAUAGCAUGUAGACUAAUAGUCUUGAUCACUUAUAGUUCUAGCAUGCUUGCAUGUUUUGCACUGCAGAAGAAGUUCACUGCAUUUUUUGUCCAUUAUGUGUUUACUGUAGUGACGACCAUUGCCUAUUCACCUCGGAAAAAGUGGUCAGGUUGAAACCUGACUAACCUGACUGGUGGCUACGGCCCUGCUGAGUGUAUACCUCCUCAUGCAUGGCUAUACAUUUGCAUGUGGUUUGUUUUGAUUCCUAAGAGCUGUGAUGAUUCCUGGAACUUUUAAUUGAAAUGAGAUUCACAGCCUGACUAUAUUUAUAGACUAUAAUUAUUUCCGGGAAAUAGCUUCUGAGUCAUGCUUGCAUGCACGUGUUUUUAUGAAGCCUGUGGUAAAAGUGUACACAGCCUUUACUGCUCUUGUUAAAAGAAUAUGCAGCUCAAGACCUGGAGAGUCCUAAUCCUGAUGCAGCUGCAGGCAAUAAUCUAACUGCAGGCACUAGUAGAGCAGUGAGCUCAGUGAAGAGGAAAAAUGGUUGCAGCAGCCAAGAAAGAGGGGCAGAAAUCGAUAAGGGUGGAACCAGCAUGCUGGCCACUUUUCAUCAUGAGGAAAUCUCAGAUUCAGAUUCAGACAUAGAAACAUACGGAGAAAGUGAAGAGCCUGGCCUUCCCUUAUCUCCUGAUUCUCAUUUGAUCUCACACAAAAAGGGAGGGAAAAUGCGAGCCAAUCUCGACUCCAAAGAAAGGGGGAGAAAAGGAGGUCACGGGAAGGGAAAGGUCAGUAUUGAGGAGAUGAUUCAAAAGCAAGAGACUGCCAGUCAGAUACACAAUGAGAACGAGAGGUACAGGAGGAAGGAGCUACGAGUUGCUGUACUUAGUCUUCGGAAUCAGUUAACUAGACCCACCAAGCGACCUGCCGUCAAAUUGGUACUGGAAGCAGCUAUUAAAGAACUGAAAGACCUUAAAAAGAAAGAGAAGGAAGACAUGCGUACGCUGGAGUCUCUGAAGGACAAGGAGAAAAGGCUAACCAUAGAACUAGAGAACAAAAUGAAGGAAUACAAAAGUCGCCCCAGCUCUUCUGGGACGGUUCUUACCUCAGUCCCUCAAGUUCCUCCUCCUGGAUCCUUCUUUCCCCCUCCCAUCUCUGGUUCGUGGUUUCCAGCUGUGCCAGGCAAUAACAUACCAAGGCCUAUAGAAAUACCGGCAGUCUCACAUAUAAACUCUCCACCAGUUAUAUUCUCCCCAUGGCCCAGCCAUUGCCGCUUCGGAGUACCCACUUACUUUCCCCCUCCGAUUUCGCAAUCUCCUUUUCCUUUCAGAAACUCAAGAUUUACUCCCUUGAUGUUCCAGUACCCCCUUCGACCAACCUCACUCUCCAUGCCCCUCACACCUUCCCAUCCCACAUUCACUGUACACAAUAGCUUCCCUAUGAUGCAAGGAAUGGUCCCUCAACAACUACCACAAGCUGACGAAUCGCAUCGAAUGGUCACGAUUGUAUCUCCAAGAACACAGGCCUAUCCUCAGUCACCUGCUUACGCUAGAGAAUAUUCACAAUCAGAGGUUCCUCUAGAGAGAGAGAGAACAUGUUUUACGGAGAGCGAUUUGUUUGAAGCCGAAGACAGCAGAGAGUCUUACUCACACAACAAUACCAGUUCAAAAAACGGAGGAGAAUCAGCUGAUACAGAAUGCAGAUCUUCCAGUGUACUUCAUUACACUAAUUCAGCUGAUUCAACGAGGAAGCCUGCAACACUGACAGGUCGCAAUACAAUUCUUUGUCAGGAGCAAGAGAGCUUUCCCCAUGACUCGCCUCUAACUUUCAAUAUUGUUCAUCCACCUCCAUCACUGCAUCAGCCAAUCACAAUGUCCACGUAUACCAACCACAACAAAGCUCAACGUGUGCAAAAAACGAUGCCACCUUUAUUACGGAUUGACAGCGACAGUGAACUAGGAAUAAUACAGAAAUCCAUGCAAGGUGAAAAGUCGAAAAUAGAAUUGAGAGCACAUAUGAAAGCCUCAAAGUUUUCUCAGAUUCACAAUUCCGAGCUCGUCACAGUACAGUACUGCAAAAAUCCUCACUACAAUAGGAUAUCUUCUUUGAAAAAGAUCAUGCGAAAGAGAAGAAAAACUAGCACUAGUGACUCUGAGACCAGUGAUGAAGAAAGUGAACUAUUGACCGCUUAUAAUUAAUUAGUGACCUCAUUUCAUUUUCAAAGUCGUUCUAAGACUGUCUGUCACCCACCCCAGCUGAAGAAGGCACUAUACCUAAUCACUACCUACUUAGUUAUUGCAGGUUCACAUCUGUUCAGAAUUCAAUCACUGCUGUAACUUUUCCCAAUGAUUAAUAAAAUAUAUUAUUAUAUUC